AAAUAACAUCUGUUGCGCGGCCGGCCCACAGUCAGCCAUCAGAACGGGUCGCGUGUAGCGUUCCGCAUUCUUUUAUUUUAGUUUACCGCGACUCAUUUGAAUGAAACAAUGGCGGCUGUUAACGGGAAAGAUUUAAAUUCAGAAGCCGUGCCGCCAUCUUCCCUCAUACGUAGGGUCAGUUCGCGUUCCAUUAGAAAUUCAAUUUCGGAGGAAAAAGAAAAUGGUGAUACAGUACAAAAAGGGUCGUUUGUUAGUAAAUACAAAAAAGCGCCUGAAGCGCUCAAAAGUUUUCACUUGGCGGACGCUGAAAGCGAAUUAGAAGUGCCCGGUACGCCGAUGACGCCGCGGACUUCAACUACUCCUGGCCACGAGAACUGCACAUUCCACCAUGACCUGGAGCUGGACCAUAGACCACCCACCAGGGAGGCGCUGCUCCCCGACAUGGCAAACUCUUACAGACUAUUGCUUACAGGUUUGGGAGAGGACCCAGAGAGGGAGGGUCUUCUGAAGACUCCAGAGCGUGCCGCCAAAGCGAUGUUGUUCUUCACGAAGGGCUACGACCAGAGCUUGGAAGAGGUCCUCAACAACGCGAUCUUCGAUGAAGACACAGACGAGAUGGUGGUGGUGAAGGACAUUGAGAUGUUCUCCAUGUGCGAGCACCAUCUGGUGCCGUUCUACGGGAAGGUCUCCAUCGGCUACCUGCCGCAGGGCAAGAUCCUCGGUCUUAGCAAGCUGGCCAGGAUUGUGGAGAUCUUCUCUCGCCGUCUGCAGGUUCAGGAGCGGCUCACCAAACAGAUCGCCAUUGCGGUGACACAGGCCGUCAGGCCUGCAGGAGUCGCUGUUGUCAUCGAAGGAGUGCACAUGUGCAUGGUAAUGCGGGGAGUUCAGAAGAUAAACAGUAAGACAGUGACCUCCACGAUGCUGGGAGUGUUCCGCGACGACCCUAAGACGAGGGAGGAGUUCCUGAACCUCGUACAUUCCAAGUGAGGACGCGAGACCUCUCAAAAGGAUGUUCCCGACAUGUUAGCGAAAUUGUUUCACCGCUGAUUCCAAAAUUAUCUCAACUAAACACGCGGUAAUGGUAGGAAUCAACCAAUCAAAAGGCAUAUGUAAACGUGUCGAAUUCUGAUUGGUUGAUAUUCCACUAUUGAUGAAACGGUUGAAGUUAAGGUAGUUUAUAGGUAUCAGUCAAUCAUUUUUCAAGAUAAAAGUUAUUCAUAUAUUUAAUUAUUAUUUAUUCAAUUAAUAUUCUAUAUGGAGGCUAUUCCACUUACCAUCAGAUGUAGAGAUCUCACCAUGACGGUUUAAUUAAUACUACAUGUGUUUUUCGUUUCUAUUUGGACAGUUUUAUAGGAAUUAGUUUUGUGGUAGGGUGCACAAAGGUUUAUACACUUGGCCCGCGUGAGUUGCCCCGGGAUCUGUGUAUAUCCAGUUUCGAACAGGCAUAAGAAGUGUCUGGCGAGAGAUGAUUAUCUCUCGUCAGAUCGUAGAGUAUUGACUCUGCCUACCGCCUUUACCAUCAAUUAUGAAGGCAAUUUACGUACCGAUAUAAAAAAAAAAUAUUUUAAUAAGUUAGUAAUUUAUUUGCUGAAUAACUUUUAUCUCACGAUAAUCAAUCACUGUUUUAUUUUAUGAAAAAAAAAAUAUGGUAGGUUGGUAGAAAUUUUAAACUACCAUUGAUUUUUUGUUCCUUGCAACACAAAUAAUAGUUAAGGUCAGGCCUUAUUCUAUGAACUGGAGUAAAUCUGUCUUUUUGCAAUUAUGGUUCUAAUCAAAGGACAGCUUUAUAAGCCUUAUAGGUAAAUAAAGGAUUUUUGAUUCUCUUACAUAUACGGCUAUUGACGCUGUCCUUCGAAAAGAAAGCCCGUAAUUGCAAGACGGAUUUUCCCUUAUAGACGGUAUAGGGCCCUGACAUCCUUUAAAAGAUUGUCGGGAAUGUCCGUGUACAAAUUGUGUUAUUUUAAUUUUAAGUUUUAGCCUUUUGUUUUUUGUAAUAAUAACAAAUAUUACAAAAAAAUAUUAAGAUUAUUUCGACAAUAAUAUACGCAUAAUCCUUAUAAGAAACAGCUAUUUUUAAAUAUAUUUGUUAUUUAUUUACGCUUUGUUUUAAAACAAGUGUGUAAAUUAUAUUAUGAACAUUUUUAAACAAUUAAUUCCUUAAGUGUUGCAAUGUUUUUAAGGCAGAUUAUAUAGUUAUUUGUUUACUCACUUUAUGCAAAAGAUGUUAAUUUCUGUUCUAACCAUGUGGGAAAUUUUUUGUUUUCUAUAUUUUUUUAUACAUGUAAACAUUAUUUUUAUAAUCUGCCUACAACUUAAAACUAAAACUGCCUUAGUUGUUAAUAAUUGCAGCUUAUGUCUUUCAUGUUUUUUUAUCUUGCCUUAGUUAAAACGUGUAAUAUAUUUCAUUUUCACAAACAUUAUAAUUAUAUUGUAUUCUGCAAAACAUUUUAGCAAUGUGUUGUCCUUGCGAAAUCUUUAUUUUUUGCAUAGCAACACUAUCCUAAAACGCGUUAUAUAAUAUAAUUUGUGAUACCUAUAUUAUUUAGUACAAAUAACACUAGAGAAAUAUACAGUGUUGCAAACGCAACUAGGUUUUUUUUCAGUGUGACCAAAAACGUCUAAAAAAUAUUUAAUUUUAAUUUCAAUUAAAAAAUGUGGUAAUACACUAUUGCCCAGAUUAUCACAUUUUUUACCAUUUAUUAAGGUACAAAUUUAUUUUUAUAAAAAUAUUUUAAAUUUCUAAGGACCAAUUUGUUUUAGCAAAAAUCUCAAACAUAAAAUGGCUGAUGUUUGACAUUUUUGAAAAUGUUUACUUUUUUUUUGGAGAAAGUUUUUUAUAAAUAUAUUGACAACCCGUAACGUUGCCUUAUGUACGUGAUUGUACGAAUUUUUUAUAUGUUACAAAAUGAUUUUUCGUAUAAAUAAAGGUUAUUCUUUUAAGUUAGCAAAA